AAUAAUAAGAACUUGGCGAAGGAAAGCGGGACACAUGAAUCGAAGAGGAAAUUUGGAAGGUGGUUGCAUAAUCCUCUGCAACGUUCUCGAUUGCUGCCACCAUGCGCCUGCGCUCGAACAUGAGCCAACGAGCCACGCGAUGGAGCAGUACACAGUACAGAGGAUUCUAGAAUCUGGCGAAGCAAGCGAGGCGGCACCUGGAAUCUUGUGAGAGGGGGAGACCAGAGCGGCUGCUGACUCCGCAGGAUCGUUCCAAUCCCUGACUUGCAGCUCAAUCCGUCGAACGCCCCCUGGAUUGUCAGUCACAUCAGAAUCAAGCGACAUGCCGAGCACAUCAAAGCUUAGUCUAACCCUCGGAGCAAAGAAACGCCACAAGAUUUCUUUCGCCGGUUGGUCGCUCCUUGACUUGGACUCCGAUUGUGGAUCGUCUGCCGCCGGUGGAGCCCACGCAGAUUUGUCUCAGUCUCUUGACUCUCUCCGUGGAUCGAACGCUCUUGCAGUUCCGGAAAGGGGCUUUUUGGAAAAAAAAUUGGCUUGUCCUGCAGCUCCUCGGCUGUUCUUCUACUGAGCGUCGACCAUCGAUAAGACCGCUGGUGGCUUAUUGAAUUUUGAUGGAGACCGGGCGCUGAUGCUCAUGUUCUUGUACUUUAUUGACAGAGCUUUCAAUUUCGAGAGUGUACAGAGGGCGCCUUCAAUUUGAGCCAGCUCGACACAUUCUGGACAUCAGUGGGAGUCGUUGUGCUGAGAGGGCGAAGUAGAAAUCGCAUAAGGUGGUGUGCUCUUGAUCGGUUUUAGGCGAUUGAACUUGGUGAAGGUGGUGCGCAUGGAGGAGCUGGGUUCUGUACAUCGGUAUGCCGCGGGAGCUUUAUUAGCUAUUGCCCUCAAUCAGGCCCAGAUUCAUCGGUUGCAGCUGGUACCUGAUAUAUUAGGUUCUGACGAUGGCCCGAGCAUGUCUAAUACCUUGGAGGACCAGGGGGUCCUUCCGUGGAGCAGCCAAGAGUUUGGAUUGCUCCACCAUAUUUUCGGGUAUUUGAAAAUCGAUCCACAUGCGUGGCCAGGAAUCGAGAAAACGGCUGAAGCAGCAGAUGCCAAGCACCAUAUUGGACCUUACAUCAGAAUUUUACAAGAGGAGAAUUUGGAGACUGCGUCAAAGUCGUCGGCAUCAUCCGGCAAUUCUCCAUCAUCCACCAAUUCUUCAUCGUCCACCGGUAAACCUGAGAAAACUUUAGCAGCACUGGCAAAGGCAGUGGAUGCAAUGACCAUCAGUUUGGAGGAGUAUGCUGCGUCCCGUCCUGAACCAGCCCAUGCCCGAGCUGUUGAGGAUGCUACAUCAUCUGAAGAGGCAUAUAAGCAGAAUGAUAAGCGGUCGUCAAAACCGAAAUCCGCCUCGGCUCAAAAAUCAGCUCAGAGAUGGGCUUCCAUGAAGAAGCCUCUCCUGGACAGAGCAGCGUCAAGUUCUGACCUAUCUCACAAAGAUACCAAGAAAAAAACAGACAGAGCUAGUGCUUAUGACGCUUCGAGCUCGGAACCUGAAGACAAGGAAGCGUCUGAGCGACGAAUUCUGGUCGCACAGCGAAAAGUCGCCGUUUUGUAUGAGCUUCUAACUGCUUGUGUCGCUGACACGCCUGAAGAAAAGGCGGGAAAAUCAGUUCUUAAUGCGGGAUACGAUGCUCGUCAAAGAGUUGCUCUUCGUCUGCUGGCUCUGUGGUUGGAUGUUGACUGGAAGAAAGUGGCAGCAAUGGAGCUCAUGGUUGCAUACAUGGCCAUGGAAGCUGAGAAAGUGAGGGAAGAAGAAAGGGCAGCAUCGCAUACUGAUGAUGAGCAUAAAACAACUAAGUGGCAAAAAUGGAAACGGGGAGGCAUCAUUGGUGCAGCUGCUGUUACCGGGGGAGCGUUACUGGCUCUAACUGGGGGAUUGGCAGCUCCGGCUAUAGCAGCGGGUUUGACUGCUCUUGCUCCAGCAUUCGCAGCAGUGGUACCUGCCGUUGGAAUUGGUGGACUCGCAACUGCCGUUGGUUCAGCUGCAGGAUCUGUCGCAGUCGCUGCUUCUUUUGGAGCUGCUGGUGCGGGUCUUGCGGGAACCAAAAUGGCAAGGAGGACUGGUGGCGUGGAUGAGUUCAUGUUUUUGCCUAUAGGUGACAAUCAUCAACAAGGGCGUUUAGCGGUGGGAAUUGUGAUCUCGGGUAUCGCAAUGGAAGCUGAAGAUUAUACUCUACCUUGGGAGGGGUCCGAUGGGGAAUUGGAAAGAUACGCUCUUCGUUGGGAAUCAAAGGAACUAAUAGCACUCAGUACUGCCAUAGAAGACUGGCUCGCAUCAAGUGCUGCCAGAGAACUUGUAAAGGCAGGAGCGAUGAUGACCGUCCUUGCAGGCUUGGUUGCAGCCCUUGCCUGGCCUGUUGCCCUGCUUUCCGCGACGGAUUGGAUCGAUAGCAGGUGGACGAUUGCCGUUGACAGAGCCGACAAAGCUGGAAAAAUCCUUGCCAAAUGUCUACUCGGUGGAAGUCAGGGGAACAGACCUGUCACUCUGAUUGGGUUUUCCUUGGGCGCUCGAGUUAUAUUCUCUUGUCUGGAGUACCUUGCAAAGAAAGGAAACGAUGCUAGUAUUGUGGAGCGUGUGGUGCUGCUAGGUGCUCCUCUUACUCUUGACCGACAACGAUGGGAAAAUGCUCGUAAGGUGGUGGCAGGAAGGUUCAUAAACGCUUACUCAUCUAACGACUGGAUACUUGGCGUUGUCUAUCGCUCAAGUUUCAUGACCACUGGACUGGCCGGAAUUCAAAAGGUGGAGAUUCCCGGAGUUGAAAACAUCGACGUUUCAGAUAUAAUCAGCGGCCACUCUAUGUAUCUUGCCAAAACGAAAGAGAUUCUAGCGGCUUUAGAUCUCGACAGUUUUUUUCCCAUUUAUCCUUCUAAGCUUGAAGGUCCAUUAGAUCCGGACUCACCUUGAAGUUCACCCCAAGAUGCUGUUAAUCAAGGCGGUGAUCAUCACACUACCACCCAUUAGUACAGGUGAAGGGUUAGAAAUUAGUUGCAAAUUUUGCGGACAACAUUAUUCAUGUACAGAUAGACUUUAUUCGUUGAUCUAAUCAAAGUUACACGUAGUUUAGUAACGAUUUUAAUAGAGGAAGUCUGGAGUCGGACCAUUAAUGGGGAGAAUGAUCAAGGAUUGAGCGGUCGGACAUCACGAAGAACUCCUGGAUCCAUGUGGUGACAGGAGUUGAAUAUUUGCAGUUUCUACCUGCACUGUACAGUGAACGAGCAAUUAGUAGUCAACAAGUACAUUUAAUCAGUAAAAACCACUACUCACUUCCCACAAGGCGAGAAAAGCCCAUGCUGUAGUGCACCGGUAUACAUCUGCCAUGGAAAGGAGCUGAGAUGUGGCCAGGUUGUCACAACUUGUCGGCUUUAAGUAGCAGAGGCGACAUAUUUUUUUAAGUUUGUAAGAAAGAAGGUGCCACCUGAUUAAAGUACCCAGAUGAGCAUAUGGAUUUCUGUUUGACUUCAAUUGUACAAAUGUUUCUGUCUGGAAGGGAUUGCAAAGAUAACAGUCUCCAGACAGUUGUAUCGAGGAACCCGUUUGAUAUUACUGGGGUGCUUUA